AUGUCUACCACCACCAUGCGACCGAGAGUUUUUGCAUAUGCCAAAUUUAAUCUCGAUGCUCUUAUCUCUCUGGCUACAAAUCUUCGAGGCCAAUCAUGCACUGUUGAUACAUCAACGAGGCCUAAAGCGGGUAGUACGCACUGGGUUAUCUUCAUCACUUUCGAGGAUGGCAUCGAAUGGGUUUUCAGGUCGCCCCAUGGCGGAUCAAGCGCUAUCAUCACUGAAGAAUCCGCAUCCAAGUUACUCAUUAGCGAAGCCGCGACUCUCAAGUAUCUGAGGACUCUGGGUUCGAUACCGGUACCAGAAGUCUUCUCGUUCAGUGGAAACGCUGACAGCGACAUCGUAGUGCCAUACAUUCUCAUGAGUAAGGCUAGUGGCCGUCCAUUGUCUGAGUAUGACUGGAUUGAGCUGUCACGAAUUGAAGGGUAUCCGACUAGACGCCCACUUCUCCCUCUCACGGACCAAGAUCGGGAGAAGGAGAGCCAGUAUCUCCAGUCCCUGGUUUCAGCAUUCAAGGCUCAUGCAGAGGAACUUCCACUUAGUCCCCACAGUUUCUUCGCUCCAAUCCCUGAUCCUUUCGAAUAUCCGAAUUGGACUAGCUAUCGCCAGGCAGUGGAAAGAUGGCGAGCUUUCUGUUCUAUUGGCGACAAAGUUGAAGGCAACAAGAACCGACUUUCCUUCUGUAUCGCGGCCCAGUUCCUAAACGAAAUGGUUCCCAGCCUGACCUCAACAGAUGAAAAUUAUGUGCUCUGCCAUCCUGACCUUCACCUAGGCAAUAUCUUUGUUGAUGAGGACUUUAACAUCACAUCUAUCAUCGACUGGAGUUCUGUAUCAUCGAGCCCUCUGGCAGAGCUACUUACUACCCCGGGACUAAAUGGCUCAAUUUCACCCCCUCAAAAGUCGCUCAUUACUGCUUUCAGAUCGGGCUUUUGUAGUGGUACUCAAAACCCGGAACCUGAACAAUAG